AUGGCGAUUGCAGCGGAGAGAGGAUACGUUGUGGAAACCAUGGACGUGGUAACUGCAUUUCUUCAAAACAGCGUGGAAGAAGAAGUGUACGUUAGUCAAGCCAAAGGAUACGAAAUAACGGAUGAAGUUACGGGACUACCACUGGUGAUAAAGCUCAAGAAAAGCUUCUUCUACGGACUGAAGCAAAGCCCUCGGAACUUCGGCAACGCAUUUGCUAAAGGGAUUAAAGAAAUCGGGUUUACUGCUCUACUGAGUGACACGUGCGUAUAUGUGUACGGAACUGGACCGAUAUAUGCGAAACUAUGUGUGUACGUGGACGACUGCACACUAGCCGGAAGGACACCAAGUGUUGUACAAGACUUGAAGAAGCAAUUAUCGGACAAGUUCAAGAUGACCGAUGGAGGACCGGCGGAACUACUACUAGGGAUGGAGAUUUCUCAACGUGACGAAGAAAUCACUGUGAGCCAACACAAAUACGUGAUGAAUAUUCUGGACAAGGCCGAAGGAAUGGAGAUUUCUCAGAGCGACGGAGAAAUCAUUGUGAGCCAACACAAAUACGUGAUGAAUAUUCUGGACAAGUACCAGAUGGUGGAUUGCAAACCAGCAGCAACUCCAGGGAGCGGACCGGAGAUCGAACAAGAGCCGGAGAACGCUAUAUAUUUAAGCGAAGAGGACAAGAAACUCUACCAAGGAAUUGUCCUAAGUCUACUCUUCCUGACUAACACAACGAGAUGGGAGAUUGGAUAUGCCGUGAUGGUCCUGUGCAGAGGGAUGAACAAGCCUACUAAUCAACAUAUGGUCGGAGCAAAGAGAGUGCUGAGAUACCUUCGAGGAUGCCCGGAUAUGCCACUGAAGUUCAGGAGAGGACAAUGGGACCUGAAGUGCUACUGUGACGCGAGCUUCGCUGGAUCGAGCGAGAGGCUUCAGAAGUGUUCUUCUACUGGAUACACCUUCAUACUGGCGGGAGGCGUCAUCAGUGCAGCAUCAACUCUGCAGAAGCNAAAUCAACAUAUGGUCGGAGCAAAGAGAGUGCUGAGAUACCUUCAAGGAUGCCCGGAUAUGCGACUGAAGUUCAGGAGAGGACAAUGGGGGGACCUGAAGUGCUACUGUGACGCGAGCUUCGCUGGAUCGAGCGAGAGACUUCAGAAGCGUUCUUCUACUGGAUACAUCUUCAUACUGGCGGGAGGCGUCGUCAGUGCAGCAUCAACUUUGCAGAAGCUAACAGCUCAGUCAAGCGUACAUGCGGAGAUCAUUGCAAUGGCUACAGCAGCUAGGGAAGCCAUCUAUCUGCAAGGUGUACUAUCGGAGCUUGGAUUUCCAUGUGGAAAUAUUCUGAUUCAUUCGGAUUCUACGGGAGCUAUGAGCACAGCAGGAAACUCGAUGUUCCGAGGCCGCAGCAAGUUCAUCAGCACGAGAUACUGGCUACUUCGACAGAAUGUCAACAAGGGAAAUAUUGUACUGAAGUUCGUGAGGAGUGAGGAGCAGCUUGCGGACAUAUUGACCAAGCAUCUGGAACGUGUCCAAUUCGUCAAACUGCGGACAUUGGUUCAAGAACAUGGAGGAUCUCCGAUAUAG